CGCAAGGACUUUUCUCUCUUGCGUCUGGACGCUCGUGCAGCCGCAGUGGUCAACGGAUACCGGAGACGCUUCGCGGAAAAAUGCUCCCGUUAUCCAUCAAAGAUGACGAGUACAAGCCUACCAAGUUCAACCUGGUCGUCAAAUUAUCGAGCUGGUUCAGAUCAAUUCUUGCAGAUAAGACCUCUCGCAAUCUGUUUUUCUUCCUGUGUUUGAAUCUCUCCUUCGCAUUCGUGGAGCUCCUGUAUGGGAUAUGGAGUAACAGUUUAGGUUUGAUAUCCGAUUCCUUUCACAUGUUCUUCGACUGCACCGCUCUCCUGGCAGGCCUCGCAGCAUCAGUCAUCUCACGGUGGAGGUCCAAUGAUUCCUUCUCAUACGGGUAUGUCAGAGCAGAAGUUCUGGCGGGCUUCGUGAACGGCCUGUUUCUGAUCUUUACUGCCUUUUUUAUCUUCUCAGAGGGUGUAGAGAGGGCGCUAGAACCUCCAGAUGUGCACCACGACAGAUUACUGCCGGUGUCUAUAGCAGGACUGUUGGUGAAUCUUGUAGGAGUAUUUGUUUUUCAACACGGUGGACAUGGACACUCUCAUGGGGGCGAAGGUCAUGGGCACAGUCAUUCCCUUUUUAAUGGCAAUGCGGGACAUGAACACAGUCAUGGCGAACACAGUCAUGGCGGACAUGGUCACGGAGGCCACGGUCACAGUCAUGAGUCCAAGCACGGACAUGAUCACGGUCACUCGCACGGAGGACAUGAAGAUUCAUGUCAUGAUGACCAGUUGCUCAUGCCGGGAACAGGCUCCAGCAAGCAGAUAUUACAAGGUGUUUUUCUGCACAUUGUUGCGGACACGCUGGGCAGCGUCGGUGUCAUAAUAUCAGCCAUCCUGAUGCAGAAAUACGACCUGAUGAUCGCGGACCCCAUCUGCUCCAUGCUCAUCUCCAUUCUCAUCGGCGUGAGUGUGGUCCCACUGCUUAGGGAAUCCAUUGGGAUCCUGAUGCAACGGACACCUCCGUCUCUGGACCAAGCCCUUCCUGAGUGCUACCAAAGGGUUCAGCAUCUUCAGGGCGUUUACAAUCUUCAAGAGCCUCAUUUCUGGACGCUAUGCACGGACGUAUACAUCGGCACACUCAAACUCCUCGUGGCACCUGACGCCGAUACAAGAUGGAUCCUGAGCCAGACGCACAACAUUUUCACUCAGGUUGGCGUCAGACAGCUGUAUGUUCAGAUGGACGUCGCUGCCAUGUAGGAGUCCGCCGCAUUUCUCCUGAUCUUUUGGGAGUCCUGGGACCAAAGGCCUUCUGUGCUGCUGUGGGGAAUUUCUCCACCACAACCCAUCUCUCUUUGGGUUUCUGUUGCUCCACCUCCCUCUUGGAUUAAGAUGGAGCUGGGGCAGUCCAGCAGUCUGACUCCGCUCUUACCAGAAAAACGAUGACGAAAAUAACAACUGACCAGCUAUGUGUUGUUUCGGAGGGAGGCAGGGACUCGCAACGUUGACGUUGCCAACACAUCACCCUGGCGGUCAUUUGAAGUUCGUUCUUUGAAGUUCCCCUUUGCUUUUUUUAUAAUCCCACGGACGGUUUAUUUUUCCUGUUAAUUAUGCGUUAUCAAAAUGAGGUUUUAAUUAUUGGUUGUAUGAGUGCGGAGAUCAUUGGACGUUUGUAAAAAUUACAUAACUGUGUAGGAUUCAUUGACUGUAUGUGUGUUUUUCUCCUGCUUUUUUUCUGUUGCACAGUUGUAAAGAAGUGCAGGAUGCCAUUAUCAACAGAUUUGUCUGCAUUUCUUAAGUGCCUUUGUGAAAGCGAUUAUGGACAAUCGCUUAAACCGUAUUUGAUUGCCAACACAAAUGAAAUGAAAACUGGAAGUUUUUUGACUGGCCGGGUACAAUUAAAACAUUCCUUUUGCAUUAGGCUUGCUGUUUAUUGCAUGGUGUAAAAUUGGAUCGAGAAAGCACCCAAAAUGGCACUAGCUGUAUAAACCAUAGAUCUGAUGACUGACAAAUACUGUAAAACAAUCCAUGUUUUUUAUUUGAAAGUCAACCACAAUUGGCAAGUUCAGCACAAGUUCUUGUUUUCCAUUUUGAAAUGGGCAAUUUUAUUAAUAGGAAUAUAAUUUCUGCCUGAAAAUUAGCAUGGCCUAAAGAGAUUCUGUCAUCUCUCAUUCGCAUGUAAUUUCAAACCUGUUUGACUUCUUCAGAACACAAAAGUAGAUAUUUUGAAGAAUGUUGGUAACCAAACAAUGGAGGUACCCAAUGAUUUCUAUAGAUUGAACACAAAACAAAUGCAAGUCAACAGGUACCGCCAUAUUCAUUUUGGGGUUUAUAACUGUAAAUCUGGGAUAUGAAAAAUAAAUAAGCGUAUGAGAGUAAUUCUGUUCAAUGCUAGGAAGUGAUGUAUAUGGAUCGGAUUUGUCUAAAACGCAUUUUAAGGUCUUGAAAUAAUAUAAGACUUUCAGUAUUUAUCCUUUAUCAAACACAAUAAAACAUUUAUUUGCCAGCUUUGCAGGAUUCUACCAACAUGUUUUUAUAAUUGUAAGGAAAUAUUGAAAAUGUCCACUAGACAUUGUAUUUCUUUAAUAUUUUUAAAACAUCGAUAAUAAUCCCUGCCAUUAAAUUAAUGCAAAGAUGGCAUUCUCUUUCCUUUUUAUUUUCCUUCUAAAGAUGAGAAGUUGUUCCAAAUCUGUAUCAAUUUCUUUGUUCUGAUGAACACAAAGAUUUUUGGAAGAAUUCUUGCGACCAAAGAGUUCUUGGACCACAUUGACUACCAUAGUAGGAAAAAUAAGUAUAUACAUUUUUUCGUUCUGUUGAACACAAAAUAUAUUUUGAAGAAUGUAGGAAAGGUCUGGGCCACUUUUGACCACCAUUGUAAUUUUUCCUACUAUGGUGUCCAUGAACUGUUUAGUCACACGCAUUCUUCCAAAUGUCCCAAUCAUCAGAACAAGGAAAUUUAUACAGAUUCCGUACACCUUGAGUGUAAUUCAUGACAGAAUUGUUAUUUUUGGGUUUAAAAGUAAACCUCCAAUAUGCCAUCAAUUUACAAAAAUGCAAUACACCUGAAGAAUAUUUCUUGAAAAUAUGUUAAACGCAAACAUAUGCAGUUUGACCCUAAACAGGGCCAAUAAAUGUCUGUGAAAUGUAAAAAAAUCGCUGAGAAUUUGUAGGUUUGCUAUGUUAACAGAGUAAAAGCUGUGAAGCCAAAAAUGCAACACAUGAUCUCAAGUUUGUACAAAUAAACCAGACUGAAGCAGA